ACGCACACAAGAUCUAAUACAGAAGUUACAGAAGAGCUUCUUCUCCUUAAAAUCUCCAUAACCGAACAGUUGUCGUAUCCACAAUUGAAGAACCAGAAAAAAGCUGUUCCUGAGAGCUCCUCAGUUGGAAACUGAAACUAAACACCCUGCUUGUUCAAUCUCUAAUCUUCAUCUUCAUAACAUUCCAGCUUAUCAUCCAAAUAAUGGGUAGAAAACCAACUAAGCCUUCACUGAAGAUACCAUCGUUUUUCAAGGUUCUGGUUGGUGACUUCUCUCAGCGUUUGUGUAUACCACCUGCAUUUAUGGACCAUGUCAAUGGACGAUUGCCUCCCAAAUGUACUCUUAGAGAUCCUCGUGGAGACUGUUGGACAGUGUGUUUGGAAGUGAGAGGGGAUAGAUUUUUCUUCCAUGAGGGUUGGCAGCGUUUUGUGAAGGACCAUUCUUUGGAAAUUGCAAAUGUUUUGGUUUUUGAUUAUGAUGGCAAGUCCAAGUUUGAUGUCGAACUGUAUGAUCCAAUUGGCUCUGAGAAGGAGUUAGAACCAGCCAAGAAGAGAAGGGGAAAUCAAGCUCGAGUAAAUGAGGAGAUCAUUGAGCUUGACACUGAAGAACCUGACGAAGACAGUGAAGAAGAUGCUCGUAUGUCGAACAUAAGGAAGCGCAAGUCUCUCAAGUCUGGAAAGAGGAUUGCAAGAACUGAUGGUGGGAAAGAAACACCAAAUGCACCUAUUCUGUUCAGAUCGAAGCAUCUAUGCUUCAUUCGAGCUAUGAAGAAGAACCGCUAUCGCUUGAAUAUCCCAAAGGAGCUGGCUGUGGCUAAAGGUCUCAUUAGAAAGACGAGUGUAAGGGUUGAAGACCCAAAUGGGAUAUCAUGGGAUGUUAAGCUAAGGCUUGAUGAAAAAGAACAUAACGGUGGUCGUUUGCUCAUGACAAAAGGGUGGUCAGAAUGUUGUCAAGCAAACAACAUUUCACUUGGGGACACAAUGGUUUUUGAGCUUGUCAACGUCAUGCGCGGUGGAAUGAAAAUGCAUAUUUUCCGAGGAAAUAGUUAUGUUGUAUUGGAUGCCUCUUGUGUCAAAUAUUAGGGCUACAUAGUUGAGAACCUGGCAUUGCAGUGAUGAGUAAACUAUUAGUUGUUGCAGAUCUCAGUUGUAAGAAAUGUUUUAUGGUAAGAUAUGGGUGAGUGAUCAGCAGAUUUCAGUUGUUGCAGUCCUUGUUUUUGCAAGGUUAAUGCUAAUCCAUGUUUAAUUA